AUGAUGUUCUAUGAGCCAGAAAAAGCUUCUGAAACCAAACAAGGGACUGUAAAAGUUGCAGCACAAGCAGCAGCUAAAAAGGAUGAAAAGAAAGAAGAGCAGUUGAAGGGAAAAAAACAGGAAAAGAAAGAAAAACAUGCAGAACCAGCAAAGUCACCAAAGAAGGAACCUUCAGCUGCAAGUGAAAAACAAGUGAAAGCAAAAAUUGAACGAGGAAAAGAAGAGGUUGGUGCUGCUUCAACUAAGAAAGCUGUACCUGGAAAGAAAGAAGAAAAAACAACCAAGACAGUGGAGCAAGAAAUUAGAAAAGAAAAAUCUGGGAAGACUUCAUCUGUUCUGAAGGAUAAAGAGAUUAUUACAGGGAAAGAAGUGAAGGUCCCAUCUACCCAAAAGGAAAAAGGACCUGAAACUAAAACAGAUGAAAAGAUCUCAAAAUCAGGCAAAGAUGUCAAGCCUAAACCUCCACAGCCACAGGAAAGAAAAGAAGAGAAAACAGCUUCAUCUGAAAAGGCACAAAUCCACAAACAAGACACAGUGAAACCACAUAAGAAUGUUUCUCAUGACAAACCAGAAGAAAAGGUAAAGCAGGUAAAAGCUGUCACUGUAGAAAAAACAGCCACACCCAAACCAGCAAGUAAGAGACGAAGAACUUAAAACCUGAGAAGUAUCGCUUGACCAUUUCAAUUUUAACAAUUUGCCUGUUUUUAAUAUGUUAUUUGUCAUGUGGCUUAUGGCUAAAUUGCCUUUAUAAGUGAUGAAUUAAUGUUAUUCCCAUGGCUUUUAUUUAACAUAUUUGUCUUUCACUACUAAUUAAUGAUUCCUCAUAAUUACAUAGAAGAAAUGUCUAAAAGUCAUAUCACUAUUAUUAAUAUUAAAUGAGUGAGUGCAUACAGGUCAUACAAUGUCCAAAAUAAUAUAUUAGGAGAGGUGGCAAAUAGU